CGGUUAUGGGUAAAAAAUCAUGAAAUGGGCUCGCAUUGAGAUAUAUAGAGAGAUCUUAGCAUUUAACCCCUCCCCUAGCAGGAAAUUGAGCACUCCUGGCGAAUUGAAGACUCACAGGAACACUUGUUGUGAAACUAAAGAGAGGUCUUAGCAUUUAAUCCCUUCCCUAGCAGGAAAUUGAGCGCUCCCGGCAAAUGAAAGACACAAGCGAAACUUCAACCAUGGUGGCCCUGCUGUGAUACUAAAGGACUCAAAAGCGUUCGUGUAUGAGGAAGUUCACUAAAAAGCAUUCAAUGGGAUUAGAAGUUAUUUGGUCGAAUGGUUGAUCAAAGCAUUAAUUCUAUGGGCCUUAAACAAGAUUUCCCCCCAUAAGCGAAGAUUUUGUAUAGCACUCAUCAAAGUGCUGUAUACUGGAGUGAAAAGCUCAACAGUUGAUGCUGAUAGCAUCAUGCAGCUAUAUCACCACCCGUAUUCCUUGGACAGCCAGAAGGUGAGGCUCGCAUUGGAAGAAAAGAACAUCGAUUACACAUCAUUCCAUGUUAAUCCUGUCACUGGCAAGAAUUUCGAUUCCAAUUUCUUCCGGACGAAUCCAAGUGCUAAACUUCCCGUUUUUCAGAAUGGUUCUGUCAUCUUAUACAACACUAUAGAGAUCAUUCAGUACAUAGAAAGGAUUGCAUUGGUCUCUUCUGGCGGGUAUAGGGACGACCCGACUCUUAGCAGCAGAGAAGUUGUUGAAUGGAUGCAUAAAAUACAACAAUGGAAUCCCAAGUUCUUUACUCUCUUCCACCUCCCGGUGAAAUAUCGUCUUUAUGUUUCUAAAUUCUUAAGGCGCGUUUUAAUUGCUAGAAUGGCUGAGUCUCCUGAAUUGGCAAGUGCAUAUCACCGUAAGCUGAGAGAAGCAUAUGAAACAGAGGAUAAAAUGCAGGAUGUGGAAGUUCUUAGGCAGAGCGAAGACCAUCUCAAGAGGAUUCUCGAUGAAGCUGAAAUUAAGCUUGGAGAAACGACGUAUCUGGUUGGUGACGAGUUUACUUUGGCAGACAUCAUGUUCAUUCCUAUUCUGAGUCGACUGGUUCUCUUGAAUUUGAAAGAGAAAUACAUCGAUACCCGGCCAAACAUGGCUGAGUAUUGGAAUAUGGUGCAGCAGAGACCUAGCUAUAAAAAGGUGAUUGGACGAUACUUUCGCGGUUGGAGAAGGCAGAGGACACUACUGAAAACUUGGUGCUAUGUGCAAAUUAGACGAUUAUUGAGACGAUAUUGAUAAGCUGCUCUUACGAUAAUCUUGGCAAGAUUGAACUGCUUGAAAUAAAACAGCUGUACAGGUGUACGGAUAUAUCCUUUUUUUAGUUCUUGCGUAAAUUUUUGUAAAGGCACAUAAACUUGUUGCAUGUAUCUAUGGUUAUCAGGAAUAAGACCUUUGUUGAUUACUUUUUGAAAUAUUGUUUUGGAAUUGUAGGUA